GAGCCUGAAGGGCCGCCUUGGGACGUUUAAGGGUUUUGAAAUUAGGAAUCUCGGGAACCACUUUGGGGAAGCUUAACUGGUUUUCAAGAGAAGAGAUCUGUGGGUGUGGGACGGACUAAGAUGCUCUUGGGGAGACCUUGUAGGGAUGUUGAACUGGCACAGGCUUGGGAAAAAGAAAGAGGGCGUGAGGCUGGUGAAUAGGGCUGGUGGGCAAGGGUAAGAGGCCGAGGGCCUUUAGCUGAAAAGGCUAAAGGAUCUGAGACUUAGAGGGAUAGAUGACCUGAGGAGGGAGUGAGGAGAUAGUGGGGCAUUUGGGGAGGGAGUAAGAGAAAGUGAUCUGACGUAAAACAGAGGCUUAGUAAUUGCUUAAUGAAUUAACGGAUGAAUGAAUGGAUGUGGGGAACCGUUAGAAUCAGAAGUAACUUGAAGGGAUGAAAAGAAACGGGGCAUUCUAGAGAGAUCAAGUAGGAAGAAAAGGCAAAUGAGAGUGCAGUACUGUACUUAAAAGUACUAAGAGGGGCCGAGGAUUUAGCUCAGUGGUUCCGCCGCCUGCCUCGAAAGCGCAGGGUCCUGAGUUCGAUCCCCGGUACCAAAAAAGAAAAAAGGGGACUAAGAGAAAAUAUCAACAUAAGGUUAGAAUACAGGGGGAAAUGGAGACAAAUAGAGGAAAUAGACUGGUUUAUGACUUAACCUUAACCUUUAAGCAGAUUUUAUCUCUGAUGGGUUUUCCUGUAUGAAAAGACUAUGUUUGCACCUCGAAAACCAAAUACUUGUAUUGUGGAUCGAACUCGGGACCUUGUGCUUGCAAGGCAGUUGGAAUGCUGUCUAUGAGAGAGAACUACAAACUUUCCAAGAAUAUGGAGAUACAGGAGAAAUCUGGUUUGGGGAGGAGAGUAUGACUCGACUAAUAAGGUGGAUGCAGAAACACAAGAUCCCAUUGGAUGCUUCAGUGCUUGAUAUUGGAACUGGAAAUGGUGUUUUCCUGGUUGAACUUGUUGGCAAAAUUUGGCUUCUCUGAUAUUACUGGAAUUGAUUAUUCUCCUUCUGCAAUUCAGCUUUCUGGAAGUAUUAUAGAGAAAGAAGGGUUAUCUAACAUUAAACUGAAGGUAGAAGACUUUUUGAAUCUUUCUACAAAGCUGUCUGGAUUUCAAAUUUGUAUUGACAAAGGGACUUUUGAUGCCAUAAGUCUUAAUCCUGACAAUGCAAUUGAGAAGAGGAAGCAAUAUGUGAAAUCUCUCUCUGUGGUGUUGAAAGCAAAAGGCUUUUUUCUAAUAACUUCAUGUAACUGGACCAAGGAAGAGUUGCUAAAUGAAUUCAGUGAAGGAUUUGAACUUUUUGAAGAGCUGCCAACACCCACGUUCAGCUUUGGAGGCAGAUCUGGAAACAGUGUAGCAGCGUUGGUUUUCCAGAAAAAGUGAGACUUUUCCUUGGACAAAUUCAGGUAGCUUUUUAAAAGAAGCUACACAGCAAAGUAUAUCUAAUACAGAAAAUACAAGUGCAAAUAAGUGUUUAGUAAGUACACAGGAUACACAUGGUGACUAGUUAUAAUGGGAUGGUGAAAAAAAAUCAUGAGUAUAUAAGUGGUUGCUUUUAAGAGACUGAUGAAUAAAUUUGCUUUUAUACUUGAAAUGUAAAUAUUUUUUCCAUUGUUUACCUUUAAACAAUUUCCUAUAAUUGCUAAACAGUUAAAAGCUUUAAGUAAAUGAAUUAACAAAAAGCCUGUAUUCUUGAUUUUCGUGCCUUGGUAAAGUUGAAUUCAGUAUAGCUGUUUAGGAAGAUUUCACCAAACUAUUCCAGGGCCAGCAUAACAAAAUAACUUUCUUAGUGUUUUAUUAAAAUAUGAAACAAUAAAAAAUACUAUUUUGAGUUGAA